AUGAUACCCUGUCUCUCUUGUCUCUUCUCGUUUUCACUCUUUUCAUCUCUCCUUGAACACAAUUCUUCAUCUUCUAUCACAUCAAACAUCCACAUUGAGACCAUGACUCGCUCACACAAAUCAAACGACCGUGAACACCAGGCCGAGGGCAUGAUGGGUACCCGUGACAAUAUACCACGCUACUUUGCGAAGUCCGGCCCAACUGACGCUGAUCCUCGCAAGACAAAGAAGGACGGGGGUGGCAAAGGAAAUUGGGGUCGAUCCGGCGAGGAAAUGCAGGACACUGACUACUCGUUCGCCAAUGCUAGGCGUCGGUCCAACAGUAACACCCAGGGCCUGGCCGAGUUCCACACCAAGUUCGAGGCUUUUGACCCUGAGCCUGUGUUCGAGGAAGAAGCCCUUGGUGAGGCCGACAUGACUGCGGGGACUGAUAAUACGGUGACCAAGGUCGAGAGUGCCAGUAGCAACGACAGCGAGGUUGAUCAUGAUGGAAGGAAGUAUUAG